AUGAUGAUGUUAGUUGAAAAUGAUAUUGUACUUUUGGCUAAAUUAUUAAGUCUUGGGGAUACUUUAAAUGAACUUAGACAAUACCAACAACAACAACAAAAAUAUAAUAAUAAUAUUCCACCAUCUUCAUCUUUUAAUAAUUUAUCAAUAAAAUUAGAAGAAAAUAAUGAAGAUUUCGUUGAUGAAAGUAAAGAUGAAUUUAAACCUUUAAACGAAGAAAAUAAAAAACAAAAAAUAUUAUUUUUAAAUGUAAAACAACGAAAACAACAAAAACGUUAUCCAAUACCACCAGAAUUUGGGGAAGGAAUAACUAGAGUUUAUGUUGAAGAAGAAGAUGAAGAAGGGGAAAAUAAAAUUAAAAAUAAUGAAGAAAGGGAAGGGGAAGAAGAAGGGGAAGGAGAACAUCCAAAUAUUCAAUAUUUUUCUCGGAAAAAUUCGGUAUUGAGAAUACCCAUUCCUCCAAGGUCAAGCAAUCGAGCGUUUGCCUCCAGAACAAAGCAAAAUUUACUACCAUCUACUUCUUCUAAUCAAACAUCAACAAAAAUUAUUAGCCACCAACAACAAAAAUUUCCAUCCCCUCAAAUAUCCCCAAAAGAAAUAAUUAAAGACUUUAUUGAAUCAACAUUAGCCACAACAGAAAUCGAUUCUGGACAUUCUUCUGCAUCAGAACACCCCUCCCCUGCACCCCCUUUAAUUAAUACAAAAGAAGAAAAACAACAAAAUUCUUCUAGAUUUUCAACACUUUCCUCUUCUUGUCUUUCAUCUGCUCCAAGUUCUUUAUCUGGCUGUAGUUCUCGAAAUAUUUUUGAUAUUAAUUCUAAUUCUAAUGUUAAAAAUAAACAAAAAAAUACAGAAAUUCAAAGGACGAUGGGAAAUAAAGAUUUUAUUAAAGACAAAUAAAUAUUUAAAUAUAUUUGCAUUUAUUUUCGUUUUUAAUGUGAAAUUAAAUUUUUUUAAUUUGUUAUUUUAAAAUUAGGUUGAUAAGUUAAAUUUUCAUUACAGUAUCAUUCAAAUUUAAAAGUCAUCGAAACGCGUGCUGAAACGUCCUGCCACAAAAUUAGCGAUUUUAUAAGACUCAAGUGACAUUUUAAAUUUGAAAAAAUCUUGAAAAAAGGGGAAUUUAGGAGAACAAGUAUAAGGGUUGCUUUGGGCUGAAUUUUAGGUUUAAUUGGUUGAUCUGGGUUUGGGUUCGGGUUUGUGUAUGU